CACAUUUUCUGUCAUGUCCACUCUUUUGUUCCCCAUUCAUGAAGCAACGUCAGUAAGCCGAAGAUGUGUCAACGUAAACGGUAACCACCCCUUUACAAAGCAGGCGACUGGCCCUUUAAGGGUUAUGUAGCCGGGCCAGCCGAUGUAGGACGAGCUGACCGUCCGUCUGCCCGCCUGCGCUCCCGCUGCCAUCCUCAUCAUGGCCUCCACACCUAGACCAUCGAGGAUGAACCGACCAGCCAGCGGCUCUUCCCUUACCGGAGCGGAGACGGACGUCAAGCCGAAGCAGAGGCACCGGUAGAGGCGAGCCGCUCCGGGGAGAGCCGCCUCAUCCCAUGCCACCCCGGUCUCCUCCAUGCCUUCGUCUAAAGCCAAGUACAGCUAUUUGAUAAAGAGGAGUGCGAACCCGGGCGGUGGCAGCGGUAGCGGCGGCGGCAGAAACAUGACAACAAACAGGGAUUAUUCUGUUAAUCUGUCGGUGCAGCAAGUGCUGAGCCUUUGGGUGCAAGGCACGACGCUGCAGCACUUCACAGAGAUGUGGUACUGGGUGUUCCUGUGGUGUCUCUUCUCCUCCCUCUUUGUCUACGGGGCGGUGGGGCUGCUCAUGUUGGUCAUGCUGCAGCGCCACAAGAGGGGCCGCCUCAUCACCCUGGUGCUGGUCAGCGUGGGUUUCCUGGCCUCCCUCUCCGGAGGUGUCAUCACCAGCGCCGCGGUGGCGGGGGUGUACCGCGUGGCAGGGAAGGACAUGGCACCGCUGGAGGCUCUGGUGUUGGGCGUGGGCCAGACCGCCCUCUCCAUCAUCAUAUCCUUCUCACGCAUCCUCGCCACUCUGUGAAGCGAACCCCCCUCGACGAGGAGAAGCACAGACGCUGAGACGAGAGCGAAUGAAUCAAGCCAGUCCGAGACUUAAAGGUGGCUGGGUUUGCUUAAGGGGAGGAGGCAGAAAUGCUCUGGACCUUUGGGGCUGGAUGCAGGAGACAGCGCCCCCCGGUGUCUCUGCUCUGUUACUGCCACAAUCACACUGCGAUUCAGAGGCAACUCGAUGCAGGCCGGUGGUCUUCAUGUCAGAGAGCAGCACCAGGCGGAGGCGGUGCAGUCCUUACCUUCUUGGCUUGAAAGCCAUGUUUUCGGGAGUUUCCAGAGUUACACCACUUCUAUAUGCCAACAGCCUUCUCUGGGACAUCCAGAUGCCUUUUAUGGCCACUGACUCUUUAAGGCUUUCUGUUGCACUUGUGGGGGGAGGGGAUGUGAAACCGCUUCUUAUUUUUUUAUUUUUUAAAGCAGAGUGACGACUUGUAAGGAUGAUCUGAUGAUCUGCUUCGGUGAUCAGUAGGAGAACGUAAUUUGAGCAAUGCGAGGUGUUUAGGGAGUAAACCCAAUAGUUUUUCUUCAGUUGUAAACCUCAGCCUCACCUCUCUUCACGUACGGUUCAUCAUGAUAAGUCCUUUUCCUUAACUGGUUUUAAAGCUGAACCAUCCAACUCACUACCGACAUGCAGCUUUGAAUUUUGCACAUUGUAAAUGUUUGAGACGCUCUUUGCCUGACAGGGUGUUAAAUCAGUAGACGAGGAGGAGAAAACCAGCAUCGCCGCUACGUUUGGUUUAAAAUAUAUUUUCAUUGUGUGCCAACGAGAGCUCCGACUGGAGUUAAGAGAAUGUUUUGACACAUAGGGAAAUAUGCUCAUUUGCUUUCUUGCUGAGAGUUACAUAAGGACAUGCCAUCCCGUUCUGUAAGUUAAUAUGAAGCUACAUGCCGCAGGUGGCUAGCUUAGCUUAGCAUAGAGAUUGGAAUCAGGAGGAAACAGCUGGCCUGGCUCUAUCAUAACUCUAAAGCUUAAUCAUUACCAGGUUAAAUAUCUCGCUUGUUUAGUUUAAAGAACCCCUAUUAUACUCCUUUUCAGCAUCCUAUUUGUACUCUUAGCUUCUCCUAGAAUAGGUUUACAUGCUUUGAUGUUCAAAAAAGAUAGUAUGUUUCUCAUACUGCCUAUUGCUGCAGCACCUCCACCUGAGCUAAUAGCCUGCCUUUCUGAAAAGCCCAGUCUGCUCUGAUUGGUCAGCUGGCCCACUCUGUUGUGAUUGGUAACCAAAUUCAAAAAAGCCACUGGCCAGGUUGUGCUUGCUCAAGCAGCCCCAAUGGGCAGCACAUAUGAAAAACUGGGCUGAGAUCACUAACUGAGGAAUUUUAAACAGGAAUGUGGUGGAGGUCAUUUUUAGGCGGUUGAUUCCGGUUCUUAUCGAUUCUCGAUUCUGAUUCUUUAAGGGGUGGAGUUGAAAUGGGUCACAUGCCUCUUUUCACAAAUAAGAGGAAAGAUUGAUUCAAUGGUGGUUUGCAGUUUUACAGGGCUAUUUCAAUGUAAAAUAAAGCCACACUAGAGCUUACUGCUUACUGUGUUCCAAGGCUGCAGCACAACAAGUACCUGGCAGCUUCGGAAACUAAAACUUGCGCAUAUUAAAUUGGGAAGCGAUGAUCGGAUUUGAAAACAAAUCCUCUAAACAAUUCCAAACGAUUCCAAUAAAGAAACAAUUAUUAGUCUUUCUACUUGGGUUUAGUUAAUGACUGGGCUAUAUAAUAAGCUAUGUCAUUACUGACAACCGGGACAAUUUCAUAGUGUUUGGUGUAAACCGACAGGCUUUUGUUGGGAUUCGGGACGCGCAACUCAAAAUCGGGACAGACUCGGUCAAAUUGGUACAGACCCGGUCGAACCGGGACAGACCCUGUCAAAUCGGGACAAACUCGGUCAAAUCGGUACAGACCCGGUCAAACCGGGAUGUUUGGUCACCCUAGUUUUGUUUCCUUUGGGCAGAGCCAGGCUAGCUGUUUCCUGUCUUGGUGCUAAGCUAAGCUAACUAACUGCUGCCUCCAUCUUCAUGUUUACUGUACAGCCAGGAGAGUGAUGUCAAUCUUUAAUCAAUCAGUUUUAAUUGUCGCAUGAAAUUGUACAAGGUACAAUUUCCUUGUUUUGUUGUACAAGGUACAAUUUCAGUGAAAUGUAAUCCCAUCAACUCCUUCAACUUGUUCAUGUGUUAUCUUAAAGCAGAAUGCAGGUGCCAGAUCAUCUAACUCUCAGCAAGAAAGAGAUUAAGCAUUGAAAUAUUUCUUUAAAGUAUUCAGAACGGCCUGGACAAGCCCUCAGAAGGGUUUGCAUUGAGCAGGUUUGAUUCGGGUGUGGUUAGCGUAAGAUCAGGAUCAGGUUUCUCUUAUUCAGGUUUUAAGAAAGAUGGGGGUUGUGUUGCUGCUUGAGAUUUACAUUAUCAGACAACAUAUUCUGUGUAUGUGAGUCCUGGUACAGAUUGUCUGUAAUAACAACGGAAUCAAGCCAGAGUAUUACUAACAUUGUCUGCACUGCUACAGCAUACAUUCCCCCGUGAAAAGCCAUCCCUCCCUGGAGAAGGUCAGACCGAUUCUGCUGCUCAGACGGCCAUUUUUCUAUGGCUUCCUCUUUUCCUUGUUUUGUUUAUCAACCCAUGUUCCUUAAGUUUAACUUUGCAUAUUGCACUGAAAUGAACUGCCUUGUUUUAGCACAGUGUGCGGUGAUACCACUCCACUCUGGUGUGACCCAAUCCAGUAAUCACUGUUAUUAUUCACAGAAAUCAGUGAUAAUGGACGCUGAUAAUCUUGUUUUGGUAAAGCAAAGAAGAAGAAUGUGCUUGAAGCUACUGUAUUUACUCAAACUGGUUUAUCCUGUUGAUGAUUUGGGAACCCAUAAGCCCUCCCGAAAUUCAAACUGAUUAUCUUUGUGCAGCAGGGUGAGAGGAGCUAGGUUGUAAUGCCAAAGUAUCGUUGACGUUCUAGCUUUAUUUAUUAUCUUUGUGCCAGUCAUUUAUUUGAUAUCAAAUGAUAUUUUUUGUUUUGUUUAUUCAGUUACAGAAACAUUUGCACAUUGGCCCAGUCCCCAGACCUGUGCUACAACUUCAUAAAACCACAGUUUUUAUGAAUUUGAAAAGAAGAAAAAAAGAUGCCCGUGUCGUUAAGUGUAUGUGCUGUUAGAUUUUGUAGCUCUAAAGGUAAAUGAGUUAUGUAAUUGACACAGCUCACCUUCGGUAACCAGCUCAGCACACAAGAGGGCGAUAUUGCACAGAAAUGAAAGAUGAUUGUGGAUUUGAAAGAAUCAUGAAAGUGCUACAGAGUGUUUUGAUACAGACAUUGGACAAUUCUUUUUCUAUCCUAAUUUUCCCCCGCAAAAAUUUAAGUGUUAAAUUUGAGAACCCCUCCCCAUUUUAUCCACUGAAUGCUUUACAUAUUGUUCAUACUACCUGCUUGAAUGUUUUAGCUCAACUUCAGGGACCAAAUAUGAGUUGCUGCUGAUGACUCACCUGUUGUCAUAGCAAUGACAUCUCUGUGAAGCUGUUUGUGGGGCAGUUUCUGCAUGUUUGUAUGUAUGUGUGGUUCAUAGGAGACAUGUGAUUAUUGUUGCUGUAUUUGGUGUCGGCAUGUGAGUAGUAUAACAGAACUUAUUUUCUUUCCUUAGAAUGGGUUGUUCACAUUCUUUAGCGGACCCCUAAAGCGUCAGAAAGGGUGAGGACUUAAUUGUAAGUGACGCCGCGUUCAGAGGAGCAGCUCACUGAGCAAUGUCUUACAAAAUGUGUAAUCUUUUAUAUUUGAUGUGUUAGAAAUGAAUUUUUCUGCAGGUUAAACUGGCAGACUGGACAUGAAGUUGCGUGAUGAGUUCACUUACUGUACAUCCUGAGCUGUAUAUAACCACAGUGUACUAAGUCUUAACCUGGAGAGUGUAACCAAGAGCCGAUAUCAACAAACAAACCACUGGAUAGUAUUUUGGUAAAUAUGGGAGUAUUCACACCCAGUGCCAUGAUCGCUCUGAUAAUGACUACUGCGUUUUAUUCUGCUCCAGGUUCUGUAAUUCAGCAGCCAUCUAAGUGGUUGUGUGACUGUGUACCGCAAUAUCUAAGGAGACACCCAGCAACUAAUAAUCCCCUCUAGACUUUUAAAAAUGCCAUCGCACUGCAGCAAGACGCACAGCUUAAUAAUCCUGUCUCUUUCAUAGGCUUAUAACAAAAGCUGCCCCCUCAGUCUCCUGUUGUCCAAAUGCCACAUAUUCCCCUCCGGACACUUGCUGUGUACCCGCUGUGAUUGCAUGUGCAGUGCAGCUCAGAUAAUGUGUGAAUGGGACUAUAUGGACAAUCCAACAAGAGACAAUGUUGUAAAAAAAAACCCAAAGUGGCACUUGUAGAUAAUGUACAAUAUGUUCUUUUUUAAUUUUGUACCAGCCAAACUGCUGAUAUUUAUAACUAUUGCCUAUUUAUGUACAAAUUAUUCCUCCUGUACAUACUCACCAGCGAGUUGAAUUAAAAAUCUUUUGCAGUA